GGGAAUGAGAUUAGAUAGUUCCAGUGCAUUAUCCCUCUGCCUUUUAUUCUUGCAAUCGGCUGUUUACGAGCGUUAGCGCAGCUGAAAUUCCACAAGCCUGACAGUCUGAGCAUUCGUGUCACUUCCUCUUGCCUCUCGGAACGCUUUCAUCUGCUUUACUCAAAACUAGUACUGUAUUAUAGGAUCGAACAUGAUCGAGGUCCCGGAUAGGUCUAUUCGAAUUUGCGCAGAUAGAGGGGGAACGUUUUGUGACGUCCAUGCAUCAUAUCCAGACCCAGAAAAUCCGAAUGAGAGGAAGGAUAUUGUCGUGAAGCUGCUCUCCCAAGAUACUGCGAAUUACAAUGAUGCACCCACGGAAGGUAUUCGAAGAAUAUUAGAGGUAGUGUCGGGGGAAAAGAUUGAAAGGGGAUCUAUAUUGAAAACGGACAAGAUAGUUGCAACAAACGCACUUCUAGAACGCAAGGGGCACAAGCAUGCUCUUCUGAUCACAAAAGGAUUCAAAGAUCUACUUCUCAUUGGUAAUCAAUCUCGUCCAAAGAUAUUCGACCUUAAUAUAAGACGGCCUUCCCCGCUGUACUCUGAAGUAGUCGAGGUGGACGAGCGUGUGACCUUGGUUGGAUACACAUCCGAUCCAAAGGCGGCUGAGAAUGCUAUAGAAUGGGACGAUAAUGGAGACAUCAAGAGAGGCUAUCGAGGGCCUGGGUGGGAUGGUGAGGGUCUCGCGGAAGGUCCGGGAGAUAUAGUGAAGGGCAUUUCAGGAGAAGCGGUCAGGAUCUUGAAGAGGCCAGAUCUUGACCAAGUUAAACGCGAUUUGCAGCGAUUAUACAACGCCGGAUACCGCUCACUUGCUAUAGUACUCGUGCAUUCGUAUACAUUCCCAGAUCAUGAAACACAAAUAGGGAAGCUUGCACGAGAACUGGGCUUCACCCAGGUAUCAGAGUCAUCUCAGCUGCUUCCAAUGAUCAAGAUGGUCCCUCGGGGGGUGUCAUCUACGGCAGAUGCAUACUUGACGCCCAUCCUGCAAGAAUAUCUGGAUGGAUUCUUUAAUGGAUUUGAUGCGAAACUGAAGGACGGGCGGGUGAAGAGUCCGCGCGUGGAGUUCAUGGGAAGUGACGGGGGCUUAUUGGACUUGAAUAAUUUUUCUGGGUUGAAGAGUAUCCUCAGUGGGCCUGCUGGUGGCGUGGUUGGGUACGCCUUGACAAGUUGGGAUGAAGAGAAAAAAUAUCCCAUCAUCGGGCUUGAUGUAGGGGGUACAUCGACUGAUGUAUCACGAUUUGAUGGCCGCUAUGAGAUCGUGUAUGAGACGACAACUGCGGGAGUAACCAUACAAUCUCCGCAGCUAGAUAUCAAUACUGUCGCUGCUGGUGGCGGUUCUUGCCUUACCUUCCGCAAUGGGCUGUUCCUAGCUGGCCCAGAGAGUGCUGGAGCACAGCCGGGACCUGCUUGUUAUAGGAAAGGAGGACCUUUAGCUGUUACCGAUGCAAACCUGCUUCUCGGUCGACUUAUCCCUGAUUUUUUCCCAAAGAUUUUUGGCAAAUCAGAGAAAGAACCUUUAGAUGCGGAGGCUUCACGUGUUGCUUUUGAGAAAGUUGCCAAUGAAAUCAACGAAAGUCAUGAAAAGAAGCUGGAGCUAGAUGAAAUUGUUUAUGGAUUCAUCAAAGUUGCCAAUGAAACGAUGUGCAGACCGAUACGCGCGCUUACUGAGGCGAGAGGACAUUCGACGUCUAAGCACAUAUUAGCCAGUUUCGGCGGUGCCGGUGGUCAACACGCAUGUGAAAUUGCAAGUCUACUCGGGAUUAAGACUAUUUUGAUUCAUCGAUACAGUUCGAUCCUUUCUGCGUUCGGACUAGCGCUAGCAGAUCGGGCAUACGAGCUUCAGGAACCUUCGUCGACGUUCUUCUCGGACCAAACUCGCCCAACGCUCAUCUCACGACUGGACAAGCUGACAUCUGAUGUACGCAGCGAACUCGCCAGGCAGGGGUUUGAAGGGGAACGUGUGAAUGUUGAGCGGAUGUUGAAUAUGCGAUUUGAAGGUACGGAUACGGCGCUGAUGGUGCUACCCGUGGAGGGGGACGGAGAUGGGAAAGAAGACUUCGAAGCUGCGUUUAAAAGGGUGUAUAAAUCAGAGUUUGGGUUUUUGCUAGAGACGAAGAGCAUCAUUGUAGACGAUAUCAAGGUCCGGGGAAUUGGAAAGACGUUCGACACCCUCGGCGAGUCGGUGUAUUCGGAAGUAGCACGGCUGACGAGGCGCUCUGUAGAGACCGCACAGGCAGAGACACGCCACAGCGUUUAUUUCGACAAGCUAGGGAGAGUGAGCGAUACGCCCGUGUACUUACUCGAUAAACUAGGGGUUGGGGACGAGAUCAGAGGUCCUGCGAUGAUAAUUGAUGAUACACAGACAAUUGUGAUCGUCCCUGGAGCGAGGGCGGUGUUGACGAGUAAGCAUCUGUAUAUUACGUUGGAGGAGAAGGAGAAGGACUACGAAUAACGUAGUGGAGAGUUUGACAGGAAAGGGCUGUCUGUACUUGUAACGCUAGUAAUGGAAGCAAGGCUACCGUAUGUCUAAAGACAUAUUGAAAUCUGGCCUCGCAACCGUAUCCGUUCAGGAUCAACGCACAUGUGCGAGAUCUAUACUUGUCUUGAUGGUAUGGUUAUAUCAAUUCGACCUGAAGUAAGUACCAUUCGAGUAGGUCAUCAUAUUG